ACAACCAUAAGAACUAUUAUUAUUGUAUAAACCGUUUGGAUGAGGACCAGGAUCCUAUGGUCCAGACCCAGUUUGGAAAACGCUGCGUUGUAUAAUCAUUAACUUAUAUGUAUACAUGUUUUCUGUAAAACAUAGAAAUAGCGAUACAUGUAGAUUAUAAAUACAUUGCUUACUUUAAAGCAAAAUUGACCCUUUGUAAGCUAGCUAUUUCUUGCACUGCAAAAAAAGCAAUCGGUUUUGUGGCGCCCACCUAUGUUCCUGUGUUCAACUAGUAAUGCCUGAUGAUCUGUGGCUGGUCUGGCCAGCUGGCUAAUGUUUUGGAGAACAUAGCUAAUAGCUAGCCUAGCUACACUGCUAGCUUGUUAACCACAGUUGGUCAACACAAUAUAAAAACAUCGGAGAAAAUAGACCAUAAUUAUACGAGAUAGUUUCAGGUGCUAGUAAAUGUCGAAUAUAUGUAACUUGCUAAGUCGACAAGAACAUCCAACCGUAGCAGUGGGAAAAGACCCUUUGGUGACUGAGACCAACAAAUACCAGUGUGAAGGAGAGGAAUGAAGGCCUGAUCUUUGAGAUGACUGUCUACCCAAAGAAUUCGGUGCGGAUCUUAACUGCCCGGGAGCGUGGGGCACGUGGCCUUGGCUCCCAGCGCCUCCUGCAGCAGCUUGUUGAGGAGAAGACCCGGCGGAUGAAAUGGCAGAGUCAGAAAGUGGAGUUGCCGGACAGCCCUCGUUCUACCUUCCUGUUGGCUUUUAGCCCGGACAGGACCUUAAUUGCCUCCACUCAUGUCAACCAUAACAUUUAUAUCACCGAGAUUAAGACAGGGAAGUGUGUUCACUCUCUGGUGGGCCAUCGCCGCACUCCUUGGUGUCUGACCUUUCACCCUACCAUCCCUGGUUUGGUGGCUUCAGGAUGUCUGGAUGGAGAGGUUCGCAUCUGGGACCUGCAUGGUGGCAGUGAGAGCUGGUUCACUGAGAGCAAUGUGGCCAUUGCCUCCCUGGCCUUUCACCCUACUGCCCAGCUCCUCCUUAUAGCAACAAACAAUGAGGUUCACUUCUGGGACUGGAGUAGGAGGGAGCCAUUUGCCCUGGUCAAGACUGCCAGCGAGACAGAGAGAGUCAGACUGGUGAGGUUUGACCCACUGGGUCAUUACCUGUUGACCGCUAUAGUGAAUCCCUCUAACCAACAGAGUGAUGAUGACUCUGAGGUCCCCAUGGAUAGCGUGGAGAUGCCCCACUUUCGCCAUCGAUCCUUCCUACAGUCCCAACCGGUCCGCCGUACCCCCAUUCUCCACAACUUCCUGCACAUCCUGUCAUCGAGGAACUCCGGCUCACAGUCUGAGGAACAGCAUCCUCCUGCACCCGCUGCCAGUAGUGCUGCUGACUCUCCUAGUCUUCCCUCUGGACGUUAUUCUGCCCUGCGGAAUCGCUCCCGACUCCCCUACCAGGGUUGUGUGCAACACCUUGGUAUGGUUUGCUUCUGCAGUCGGUGCUCUGCCACCCGAGCCCCUUCACCAUCUGGAGAGGACCCCUCUGACCCUGAGAGCCUGGAGGCCCAGUCUCAUGCCUCCACCUUCUCCUCUGCUCGCACUGAGCCCCGGCAGCCCUCUGAGCCUCGCUCCUCACACCGUCCAUCUGCGUUCAGCAGUGUGUACGGCAGUGCUAGAGGACACUCUUUACGCACUCCAUCUUCAGGCCCUGGCCAGCGCAGCAUCCCAGGCCUUAUAACCAACCAGGGCCACCAGCAGCCAGGCCGGGAGUGCUCUGGGCGACUGGCGGGGGCAGACUGGAUGGGCAGCAUGCUCAACAUGCGCCCUGAGCGUAGUGGGGGUGUUGGGGUAUCUCCACCCAGGACUAGUGCAUCCUCUGUCAACCUGCUGUCUGUGCUGAGGCAGCAGGAGGGCUCAUUUCAGUCGCCUGUCUACACCUCUGCCACAGAGGGAGGAAGCUUUCCCCCAGCAGUAGUGAGCCCUCACACCAGUGGAAACGGCUCUGUAGAUGGACCCAGCACUAGUAGUGGACACCACUCUCUUGGGGAGGGAGGGAGCAACAGCCCCACCUCUAUCCGUAACGUGCUGCAGUGCAACUUGAAUCGCUACUUCAUGGAGUAUGAUCGCAUGCAGGAAAUGGAGCAGUCAGGUGGUGCUGGUGGAGAGAGCAGCCAAGAGCAACAGACACGGGAGAUGCUCAAUAAUAACAUAGACUGUGAGCGGCCUGUCACCCCCCAUUAUCAGCCCCCCAACAGCAGUGAUGGUGGUUCUGGUCCCUCCCGUGGCCAUAUGAACCGCUGCAGGGUCUGCCACAACUUGUUCACGUUUAACCAAGGUACACAGCGCUGGGAGCGCACCGGCCAGACCCCAUCACAAGAGGAGGGGAGCACCUCAUGGCAGCCCCCAAGCCCCAACUCUGCCUUUCACACAAUGAGGCAGGCGGUGCCACAUGUUCCCCAGUCCUCUGACAGGAGACAGUUAGCACAGCCACAGCCCAGUGCUGAUGAACCUGGAGGGGACACAGCCUUCCCUCACCGGGGAACCCCUAGCCCACAGAGAGAACAGGCGGUGGGGUUGGUGUAUAACCAGGAGACAGGCCAGUGGGAGAGAGUUUACCAACCGUCUGCUAGUCCAAGUCCAGCGGUGAAUGUACCACAAGAGGCCUUAAACCAAGAAAUGCCUGACGAAAACCACGAUGACGAUUACCUGAGAAGGAGGCUUUUGGAGUCAUCUCUUAUGUCGCAGUCUCGGUAUGACAUAUCUGGCUCCCGGGACCAUCCUAUUUAUCCAGAUCCUGCCAGGUUGUCCCCUGCUGCAUAUUAUGCCCAGCGGAUGAUUCAGUACUUAUCUCGGCGGGACAGCAUUCGCCAACGAUCACUGCGCUACCAGAGCCGACUGCGGCCUCUCUCAUCCACCUCAGAUAGCCCAGGAAGCAACUCCUCCCCCUCCGUUGAGAACAACGAGGUGGACUUUGAGGAGUUUGAGGAUAAUGGUGAUCGCGCCAGACACAGAGCUCCACGCAACGCUCGUAUGUCUGCCCCCUCGCUUGGCAGAUUUGUUCCCCGGAGGUUCCUACUGCCUGAGUAUCUGCCAUAUGCUGGGAUCUUCCACCAUGAGAGGGGCCAGCCUGGCCUGGCCACCCAUUCCUCCGUCAACAGGGUCCUAGCAGGUGCGGUUAUUGGCGACGGUCAGUCGGCUGUGGCCAGUAACAUCGCCAACACCACCUACCGCCUCCAGUGGUGGGACUUCACCAAGUUUGACCUACCAGAAAUCAGCAACUCCUCUGUCAACCUGCUGGUGCAGAACUGCAAGAUCUACAAUGACGCCAGCUGUGACAUCUCUGCAGACGGGCAGCUCCUGGCCGUGUUCAUACCCAGCAGCCAGCGGGGCUUCCCGGAUGAGGGCAUCCUGGCUAUCUACUCUCUGGCGCCUCACAACCUGGGAGAGAUGCUCUACUCCAAGAGAUUCGGUCCUAAUGCCAUCUCUGUCAGCCUGUCCCCGAUGGGCCACUACGUGAUGGUGGGCUUGGCCUCCCGCAGAAUCCUGCUCCAUCACACUACAGACCACAUGGUAGCGCAAGUGUUACGCCUGCAGCAGCCCCAUGGUGGAGAGACUUCCAUGAGGAGAAUGUUUGAUGUGGUGUACCCCAUGGCUUCUGAUCAGCGGAGACACGUCAGCAUCAACUCGGCCCGCUGGCUCCCAGAACCUGGCCUGGGGCUUGCAUACGGUACCAACAAGGGAGACCUAGUCAUCUGCAGACCUGUAGAUGCCCAGUCAGAUGGAGACGGCCCCGCUGAGCACAGUGAGCCCAUAUUUGCUGUCAACAACAAUCGAGGCAGUGGUACCGGUGGGAGCCGCGAUGGAGAGCGGCCAGGGAGCAGCAGGGCCCCCUUGAGGUCUGAAAGGGACAUGGGACUUAUGAACGCCAUCGGUCUCCAGCCCCGUCACCCUACCCCCGUUGUGACCUCACAAGGCACACAGACACCCGUCCUACAGCUUCAGAAUGCCGAAACACAGACUGACCGAGAGCCACAGGUUCCCAGCACCUCCCGGGCCUCCCAAGCCACAGACAUCAGUGGACACAUAAGGGACCUUCAUCCAGGCAGCAGCACAGAAAUGGUGCCUGAGACGCCCCCUCACACACUGCAGGAGGAUGGCGACUCAGCCGAGGCCUUCACAGAGGCCAGCACCACCUUGGCUAACCCAGGGGAAUCUCAAGAUCAGGGCAGUGGGGAGGAUGCCGUUUCUCGGCUCCGCAGGCUGAUCGCCGAGGGUGGUAUGACGGCCGUGGUCCAGAGGGAGCAGAGCACCACCAUGGCCUCCAUGGGUAGCUUCGGUAACAACAUCAUCGUUAGCCACCGCAUCCACCGCGGCUCCCAGACUGGGACAGAGGCUCAGGAUGGGGGCAGAGACACUCAGGGCAGGGGUCAGGGUCUUGGUGGAGGUGGUUGGACGUCCUUCUCUCCGUCCCACCGCGGCACUCUGUCGUUCACAGAGCCCACCUCCCGUAUUCUGACCCACCACAGCAUGCAGCUGGGCGAGAGCUCAGGAUUCCUGUUAGAGCCCUCUGGGGCCCAUAGCAGGACAGUAACACCUCUCCCCUCCCAGUACAUCACAGUCUCUUCUCAUCUCAGCCCUCAGGGGCCCAUUGGGGUGGAGGAGGGGGCCGAUGGGACCCCUAUGGACACAGAAGAUGCGUUUGAGGGUGUGGGACUUGUCGACGAUCUAGAUCUACACUUGCCCUCUGCUUCCUCCUCCUCUUCUUCAACCCUGUCCCCUGUUGUCUCCCCUCUUGACAACAACUUCAGCGCCAGUUACCAUGGAGACCCCUACAGUCGAUAGAUGGUCAUGUGGUUUCCAUACCCAUCUGAUCUCUACCUAGAAGACUCUCCUCCUUCUAGCUUUAUUACAUUGACUACUGGUUUUUCUGGAGGCUUUCAAAACCCGACAAUGAAAUAGGCACUUAAAACUUCAUCCCACUCCUCCAUUGCCUGUUCAGUUUUCUAUCCAAUAGUAGGCUGGAUGAGACCUAUCUUCAACCUAGGAUUAGGCUCGGUCUCUUUCUUGGAUGUGGUGUUCCUUUGCGUGCCCUGACCACUUUCAGACUUUUGUCAUUGCCUAAUUGAGAGCAAGAAUCCAAAGCUACAGUUUGACCAUUCCAUCGGAGAGAGGUGGACCUGAAUGACUCUUUUACAAUCAGGGUUCAGAUGGGUGGUUUUCGAAUGCCACCUGGGACCAAAUUCCAUGAUCAAAUUGCAACGUUCUUCAAAACGUGACUCUGCCCCUUGCUCACUGUUAGCAAGAUGCUGGUAUAGUAGAAGCACAUUUUAUGAUUCUGUCUAUACGUUAUAUUUAUUGUGUGUGAAGGAGGAUGUUCUAUGUCACCCUUGGUAGUUACAAAAUGUUUCAUUCUAGUCGUCAUGGUUGAUUAGUGGUUUGCAAAGAUGUAGUUGACCCAAGAUAACUAUGAAUCUCUUGUACUACAUAGGAGAGCAGCAUUACAUUACAGAGUAGAAUUUAGGGAGACCAAUUCCACAAUAUGCUACUCCAAAUAUGAGCGAUGUUCGUUAUUAUCGCUGUUAAUGACAAAAUAAUUCCAGACUUAUUUUUUUGCUGAUUUUAUGAUAUCAUAAUCACCUUCUCAUUUAGACUUCUUUUGAACACAUUGAUACUGUCUAACUGAUAAACAGCCCGUUUUUGAUUUGUAAAGUUCAAAUAGAGUAUUGUCUAGUGCAGGUAUUCCCAUACUGGGGGUACCCCUGGGGGGUACACACAAUGCCGUCGGGGGUACGCCAAAUCAUUUCUUUAUUUUAAAACAGUACAUUUUAUAUUUUCCAAUGGGGCUGUACAUUUGGGUGAGGUUUUUUUCUCACCUGAGUAGCCUCGUUUCACUGCCAAAAAUAAAAUUGAACCAUCUAGUGUUCAGCGAAAUAACAACACAAUGUCAAAUACAGGUAGCCUAGUCAAAUAAUUAACAUC